AUGUCACUCCGUUUAAUUACGUCGAAAUCUAUUACUGUAUCUUCAAGAUUACUCAGGAGAGGAGCCACAAGAGUUGUUACCUCUAGUCAACGUUUUAACUCAGGUGUCACUGAUUCACCAGUAAAUCAAACUGUAGACCCAAAGAUCAACAAGAUUGUUGAGGAAAUCUCUAAACUAACUCUAUUGGAGACAUCAGCGCUGAUCACAGAAUUAAAAAGUCAAUUGAACAUUCCAGAUAUUGCAUUCCCAACUGCUGGUGCGGUUGGUGGUCCAGCCGGUAAUGGAUCCCAAUCAGGGGAAAACACAGCUGUUCAAGAAGAAGAGAAGCCUGAAGAGAAAACUAUAUUUGCCAUUAAAUUGGAAUCUUUUGACGCCAAAUCGAAGCCAAAGAUCAUCAAAGAAGUCAAGAACUUAUUAGGGCUUUCAUUGGUAGAAGCAAAGAAGUUUGUUGAAGCUGCGCCAAAGGUGCUAAAAGAUAACGUCGCAAAGGAAGAUGCUGAGAAGAUUAAGAGCACUCUCGAAGGUCUCGGGGGUAAGGUCUCUCUAGAAUGA